UCAUUUUUUAUACGGAACUCAAACCUGAAGGUUGUUUUUCCUUAUUACAGGAAUCCCUUUCAACUAACCAGAUUUGGAAAUUUUCAUUUUUAAAUACUUUUUGAUAAUAAAUAGUUCUGGACUUUCAAAGAUAAAUUUUACUUGGAAUAAAAAAAAAAGCAGAGAUUUUAAAUUUUGGUGUAAAAUUACACUGAAUACGAAAACUAUUCCCUAGCUUUCACCAUUGGAUCCGUCGAGGGAGACAGUCUACAAUUUGUUCGGGGCUCUGUCUCACUAUAAUACAGUCUUAGCUGGACCAGAACGUUAGGUUUACUCUUGAUUUUGACUGCGAAGGACCACCUACAGAAUGGAAUUAUCAACAACUUACGACGCGAGGCUUCGGGUAUGGAGUGGAGCCGAACGGAUUCCCACAUACACCGAUGAGAAGUCUCUUGGCAAGAUAAUUUGCAACGUCAUGAGGACUUGGCCGAAGAACGUGUGCCAGAUAGAUGAUGUGGAUGGCACGAAAGUCACCUUUGAACAGGCAAUAUCCUGGGCCAUUCGAAUGGCCCAGAUCUUUAAGAAAAAGGGGCUAAGGCAUUUGGACGUAAUUGGCAUUGCGGCCAGGAACUCCACAUAUGUGAUGCCUGUGGGAGUGGCCUGCCUGCUGAAUACAACUCCCUUUCACGCGGUGAAUCCGGUGGCGGACGAAGCUACCUUGACACACGUUUUCUCAAUAACCAAACCUACUAUAAUAUUCUGCGAUGGAAAGGAGUACGAAAAGGUUAGGGCCGCCACUAAAGGAUGGCAGCCGGAGAUCUUUACAGUAACUGAUCCUGUUGAAGGAGUGCCCCAUGUUGAUUCGCUUUUGCAAUCCACCAAAACGGAAAUGUUUUACCAACCAGAACCUCUGAAGGAAGGAGGCGACCAGACUGCGGCCAUUCAGUGCUCAUCGGGAACCACUGGCUUGCCUAAGGCUGUUUGCAUUUCGAAUCGGACGCUUCUCAGAGAAUUCUUUACGAUGACCAGCGAAUGGAUUAUUUAUUCUGCUAGUGGUCUGGAUUGGCAUGGCGGUCUGAUUAGUUUUCUUAAGAGCACUGUGGACGGUUCCACCCGGAUUAUAGCCAACACACCCUUUGCUCCGGACUACUUUGUAAAGCUCGUUGAAAGGUACAAAAUUAACUGUGUCCUUUUGCCUCAUUGCCAACUGUCUGCUCUGAUAAAUUUUCCGGGGGUUACAAAGACGGCCUUGGCCUCCAUUCGGAGGGUUUUCUACGGAGGUGGGUUUACGUCCAUGACCACACUGAAAAAAAUGCAGGAGCUGUGUCCGACUGCGAUACUGAUCUCGGUUUACGCAAUGACUGAGGUGCGAGGAGUGUCUAUCAAUAUAGGGCUUAGAAAUGGCACAACUGUAGGCAAACCAAUGACAGGUGUAAAAAUACGCAUCGUGGACGAGGAGGGCAACAACCAGGGUUACAACGAAGUGGGAGAGAUCUAUGUCCACACAGGUCUGCCCUGGAAGGGCUACUAUGGAAAUCCCGAGGAGUCACAACGCACGCUGGAUCACGAAGGAUGGUUCCACACCGGCGAUCUGGGCUACUUUGAUGAACAGAACUUGCUCUAUGUGGUGGAUCGCAAAAAGGAGAUCCUCAAGUACCAGGGCAACCACUACUGGCCCUCUGAGAUUGAGGGCGUUAUCGCAGAGCUUCCGCAGGUCGAGGAAGUGUGUGUCAUAGGCAUCUACGAUGAGCAACAAGGAGAUGCAGCUGGUGCAUUGGUGGUCAAGAGUAAGGGAUCCUCGAUAACCGAAAAGGACAUUUCAGAUCAUGUGGCGAAGAGACUACCCUCGGUUCAAAAACAACUUCACGCGGGCGUCCAGUUUACGGACAAGCUGCCCACCAACCCAAAUGGAAAGACGCUACGCCGUAUCGCGCGACUGGAAUUCGUUGCUAAAAAAGAGGCUGGAAAAUAAGGAUUCAUUAAAAUUGGUAUAUAAAAUUACUGUAGAUUAAAAAUGUUG